AUGUGUGAGAAACUCUCUUCUCUUGUAGUUUAGACUAUCGCUUUUACUAAAAAAAAUUAAAAACAUAAAAGUUACCAAAAGAAACUCACCUAAAGAAAGUUAUUGAAAGAAUAAAAUCAGUUUUGAUCCUUUUUUCUUUUUACAAAACAAACUUUUAUUAAUCCAAUAAUAAAUUAAAGAAAUGAAAAAGGCGUCGACCCCAAAAAGAACAAAAAAUGUAAAAGGGUUGUCGCUGGUCGGUGACUCGGUGGCCAUCCACUCCCUCCAAAAUAAAACAGAAACCUCGAUAUCUUUCUACUAAUCUGACAGUUAUUAACCUCACCACCAAUCACUUGGCGCCACGUUUUUACACCCCCCGAAUCUAGUAGUGUAUUCCCUCACAAUUUUUCUCUACAACGCUGACCCCCCAAAAACCCUAAACCCCUGAUUUCUGAUUCCGAGUGGUCUAUGAUCACUCAUUUCGAACGCAAGCUCAGCUGCUCAAGCUUCGAGUUCGCUAAUCUUAUUGACGAGUUUCAUUAGUAUGCAAAGCUCUGUCAAACAGAAACUUCGUGCUUUUCGAUAGACUCAGUGUGCUGGAAGAUGUUGAGCUACAAUGUAUUGCUCGGUUUAUUUCUUCUUCUCAUGGUGGACCAAACGGCGUCGCAUUUGAGCUCUGGUCCACACAUUGCAGACGUCAAUAUUCUGCUGCCUUCCAAAAUGACUCAUCCGGUCGAGUAUAGGCUUCAGGGAAGUGAUGGCUGCUUCAAAUGGUCAUGGGAUCAUCACGAUAUUCUGUCUGUUCUGCCCGAAUAUAAUUCAACUAGUCACUGCUCAACAAGUGCGCGGUUGAGAUCAAUUGCUCCUUAUAGUGGUCGAAAGGAGACUGCUGUUUACGCUGCUGAUGUAAAUACUGGAGCUGUGAUUCGCUGCAAAGUUUUUAUUGACAAAAUUUCCAGAAUUCAGAUAUUUCAUAAUUCAAUUAAGCUUGACUUAGACGGGCUUGCCACGCUUCGAGUCCGUGCCUUUGAUAGUGAAGAAAAUGUGUUUUCUUCACUGGUGGGCUUGCAGUUUAUGUGGCAGCUGAUGCCUGAACCUAAUGUAUUGCCUCAUCACCUUGUUCAUGUCCCUCUAAAGGACUCUCCCCUGAGCGACUGUGGCGGGUUGUGUGGAGACCUAGAUAUCCAAAUAAACCUUGAAGAUAAUGGUGUAUUUUCUGAUCUGUACGUCGUAAAGGGAAUUGAAAUUGGGCAUGAGAUUGUUUCUGUGCAUUUGCUUGAGCCACAGUUCAAGCACAUGACUGAUAAGAUUGUUCUAACUGUAGCAGAAGCCAUUUCACUCAAUCCUCCCUCGCCUGUUUUUGUCCUUGUUGGUGCAGCUGUUCGUUAUAGUCUAAUAAUUAUCCGUGGCAACAAAGCUCAAGUUGUAAAGUUGCCGUCUCCACAUCAUCGAUGGUCUGUUUCAAACUCUUCAGUUGCUUGUGUUGACUCUAUGAUGGGUUUGGCAUAUGCGUUGAACUUAGGGGUAACUAACACCAUAGUUGAAGAUACAAGGGUUGCUGGCCACAUACAAGUGUCGUCACUUAAUGUUGUCCUGCCUGAUUCUUUAUCUUUAUACAUGAUACCUCUGUCUACUUCUGAUGAUCCUGUUGAAGGAAUUAAAGCAAUUCCAUCCAUGACACGGUGGUAUGGUGUUUCUGGUCGUCGGUACCUCAUUCAAAUGAAGGUUUUCUCAGAAGGACCAGAUGCACAAGAAAUCUACAUUACAGAGAGUGAUGACAUAAAGUUGUCCAAUAACCAGUCUGAUUACUGGAGACUUUUUACUGUAUCAGAUGAUAUUGCAAUCAAACAUGGCUGGCAGAAUUCUAUAAUUCUAAAGGCAACUUCACAGGGACGGGAUAAAUUGACAGCUUCUUUGACUUACUUUAGUGGGCUAAAUGAGACGAAGGAGGUUCUCAAGGUUGCACAAGAAGUCAUGGUUUGUGAUCAACUCAUGUUUAGUUUGGAUAAAAGUGAUGCAUCUCCAACCAUUUUCCUUCCCUGGGCCCCUGCUAUUUAUCAGGAGGUGGAGCUACUGGCUACAGGAGGUUGUGCUAAGGCAUCCAGUGACUACAAAUGGUUCUCUUCAGACAUGAGUAUUGUGUCUGUGUCUGCUUCUGGGGUUGUCCAGGCUAAGAAGCCUGGUAAAGCUACUAUUAAAGUGCUCUCCAUAUUUGAUUCAUUCAAUUACGAUGAGGUUGUCGUUGAAGUUUCUGUCCCAGCAUCUAUGGUCAUGCUCCUUAACUUCCCUGUUGAGACUGUUGUAGGAACACAUCUUCAAGCUGCUGUAACAAUGAAAGCAUCAAAUGGUGCCUACUUUUAUAGAUGUGAUGCGUUCAGUUCCUUCAUAAAGUGGAAAGCAGGCAGUGAGUCUUUCAUUAUUGUCAAUUCAACAGGGGAGUCCCCUGCUUUAGACAGUUUAGGAAAUGCCAACUUCCAUGCAUCAAAUUAUGGUCCCCCAUGUUCAUGGGCUUAUAUAUAUGCCUCGGCAUCUGGUCGGGCUACUCUUCAUGCUACAUUAUCAAAAGAAUAUCACAACUUUGAUAGCUCUUUUGGUGGACCUUUUGUCUUAAAAGCAUCUUCACUUAUUGCGGCAUACUCACCGCUUAGCAUUCGUCAGGCAGGUGAUGGAAACCAUUUCGGUGGCUACUUUUUUGAUCUGGCUCUAGCAGAAACUGAUAAGCAAUUGGUAAAGUUGGACAAAAUAUACCUUGUCCCUGGGACGCAUUUGGAUGUUAUGCUUCUUGGUGGACCUGAAAAGUGGAACAAUGGUGUUGACUUUGUUGAAACUAUGGAAAUCUUAAAUGAACAACAUGGUCACAUUGACAAUGGUGCUUCUGUGGAAAGCUUAUCUGAAAGCUAUAAGAGUUUGUAUAGAGUUUCAUGCCAAAUGCUGGGAACCUAUAAAAUUGUUUUCAAACGCGGUAAUCUGGUUGGGGAUGGCCAUCCUCUGCCUGCAGUAGCAGAAGUUCCACUGUCUCUUAUAUGUAGCAUUCCUGCUUCAAUUGUUCUGCUAGUGGAUGAACAUGUAAAUGAACGUGAAGUCAUACGGACUGCAAUUCAAGCUGACCGCAGUUCAGGGCGAAUUCGUGUCACCCCUGUUACUGUGGCAAAUGGGCGCACCAUUAGAUUAGCUGCAAUUGGCAUUAGUAACUCUGGAGAAGCUUUUGCAAACUCAUCUUCUCUUUAUUUGAGGUGGGAACUUUUCAGUUGUAAUGAGAUGGCUAAAUGGGAUGAUGCUGAUAAUUUAGAGAGGUCGGAGCACAGUUGGGAGAGGUUAUUGAGCUUGAAAAACGAGUCAGGCCUGUGUACAGUUCGUGCUACAGCCAUUGGUUUCAGAGAUAACAUGGGUGGUCAUAAGUCUGUUCCAUUGCUUGAUAGUUCAGAGAAUGUUCUUGCAGAUGCAAUUCGUCUACAGCUAGUUUCUACACUAAUGGUCAGCCCAGAGUUCAAUCUGGUGUUUUUCAAUCCCAAUGCUAAGUUAAAUCUGUCAAUCACUGGAGGGAGCUGUUUCUUGGAAGCUGUUGUGAACGAUUCUCGAGUGCUAGAAGUCGUUCAACCCCAAAGAGGUUUACAAUGCUCACAACUGAUGCUGUCUCCUAAAGGUAUGGGGACGGCGCUUGUGACAGUUUACGAUGUUGGACUUGCUCCUCCACUUGGAGCUUCUGCUGUGGUACAAGUUGUAGACAUUGACUGGAUAAAGAUUGUGUCACCAGAAGAAAUAAGCCUUAUGGAAGGGGCGUCACAGACUAUUGAUUUGAUGGCUGGGAUAAGUGAUGGGAGGACUUUCGACUCUUAUCAGUUUGCCUACAUGAAUAUUCAUGUGCAUGUUGAGGAUCAUAUUAUUGAGGUGUUAGACAUUAAUGAUAUCUCAAGAACAGGAGGUGGAUAUGUUAAUAUCCCGAAAUUUAAGAUUUUGGCUACACAUCUUGGGAUCACAACUUUCUUUGUGAGUGCUGUACAGCAAUCUGGGCAUGAAAUUUUGAGUCAACCAAUAAUGGUGGAAGUGUAUGCACCACCAAUAAUUCACCCACAAGACAUUUUCCUUGUACCUGGUGCUGCUUAUGUGCUUACCGUGAAAGGAGGCCCAACCGUUGGUGUAUAUGUUGAAUAUAUGAGUAUGAAUGAGGAAAUAGUGACAAUGCAUAGAUCUUCAGGACGACUGUCUGCCAUUUCACCUGGGAACACUACUAUUCGUGCCAGAGUCUUCAGAAAUGGAGAUACUGUGAUUUGUGAAGCAUAUGGCAGUGUUAAAGUAGGAGUUCCUUCUUCGGUGAUAUUGAAUGCACAAAGCGAAUUGCUUGGUGUUGGCCGUGAGAUGCCUAUUUAUCCUUUGUUUUCGGAGGGCGAUUUGUUUUCUGUUUAUGAGCUCUGCCAAAAUUACCAGUGGACUGUAGAAGAUGACAAGGUAUUGAGCUUUAAUUUGUUAGAGCAUUUGAAUGGUGAGAAGUAUGCGACUCAGUUGGAUCCUUCAGAAAAAAUUCAGUUCCCUAGCCAUAUGAGUGAGGAAGAGCUUGGUUUUAUCAAAGUAAUGUUUGGAAGAUCUACAGGGAGGACCAACAUUGCAGUCUCGUUCUCAUGUGAAUUUAUAUCUUCUGGUUCUAAAUCAUGGACAAGAUUUUACAAUGCAUCUUUAUCAAUAUUGGUGGUGCCUGAUCUCCCUCUUGCUCUUGGAGUCCCAAUAACGUGGGUUCUUCCUCCUCAUUAUACUACAACAAGUAUUUUACCUUCAUCUUCAGAAUCAUAUGGCCAAAGGGAUAGUCAGAGUCACAAAGGAACUAUUAUGUAUUCCUUAUUAAGAAAUUUCCCUGACAAGAAUGAAGGUGUGCAAAAGGAUGCUAUUUCCGUUGAAGGGGACAGAAUAAAGACAUCAGAGAGUAACAAUCUUGCAUGCAUUCAGGCAAAAGAUCGUAUCACGGGUAGAAUUGAGAUUGCUGCUUGUGUCAAAGUUGCCGAGGUGUCUCAAAUAAGAAUUACAAACAAGGAGGAGGUACCAUUUCACGGGAUUAAUCUUGCUGUUGGUGCUGAACUUUCUCUUCCAGUAGUCUAUCUUGAUGCACUAGGAAACCCUUUCUAUGAAGCAUAUGGCGCUGUUCUCUUUGAUGUUGUAACCAACUUUCCGGAUGUUGUGUCCAUAAACAAAAACAACACACAUGGUGGCAGUAGAAAUAUCCAUCUUAAGGCAAUGCAGCAUGGUAGAGCUCUUGUGCGAAUAUCCAUUGAUCGUAUUCCUCAGAAGUCGGACUAUAUCCUGAUAUCAGUGGGUGCCCAUAUACAUCCUCAAAACCCGGUUCUUCAUAUAGGAGGUCAUCUUAACUUCAGCAUUGAAGGUUUAAAUGAUAUACUUUCUGGCCAGUGGAGUACUGCCAAUGGAAGUGUUAUAUCUGUGUCCCCAUUGUCUGGAGUAGCUGAAGUAGUGGGGGAAGGUACAACCCAAGUAUUUUUUGAAGCUUCAAGUUUGAAGCUGCGAACAGCUGUAGUAGUGCUAACAGAGGAUAUUGUAUCUGUGGAUGCUCCAAGAGAGACACUAACAAAUGUUCCCGUCCCUACCAAAGGAUAUAACUUCUCUGUGAAGAUCAGCAAUAAUUACGACAAGUUUAAGGCUCUUGGAAACAUGAAGGGACUCCAGUAUGACUGUAGAGUGGACCCGCCUUUUGUUGGGUAUGCAAAGCCGUGGUUGGAUCUUGAUACCGGUAACUCAUACUGCCUCUUUUUCCCUUACUCACCAGAGCAUUUGGUUCGUUUGAUACCCAAGUCCAAGGAUAUGAAACCAGAUAUUUCUGUUUCCAUCAAUGCUUCAUUGAGAGGAGCUGAUCAUGUUUCAGGAUCUGCUUCUGCUCUUUUUGUUGGAGGGUUUUCCAUAUUGGAGAUGGGCAAGGAUUCAAUGCAGUUGAAUCUGACCCCAUACUCUAACAAGACUAUUAUAACAAUCCUGGGCAACAUAGAUGUUGAAAUUUAUUGGCAUGAGCGGGAGUCAUUACUCAUUACUCGCAUCCAUACAGAAGGUUUUGGGAUCGGUGGACGUGCAAAAUAUGAGGUGAAAAUGCUGGGAGCCAAAAGAUUCACAGAUACAAUUUUCAUCACACUCCCAGCCAAUGGUCAGAGUGUGGAAAUCGACGUUAGCUGUGACCCCGGAGAAAGAACAGCAUCUGAAACUACCAUUAAUUAUACCCUUUGGACAACGGUGCUUGGAUGUCUUGCUCUAUUGAUUUUGACAGUGGUUGUCUCCAUAUGUUAUUUGGACAGACCGGAUAGAUCUCCCCAAACAUCCAUUAAUGUUCCUGCUACUCCAAGUAUUGCAGCCCCAGUCACACCUGAUCGUAGCAGCCCAGCUAUCGGGAGUGAAUCUCCCCGAACACCUCAGCCUUUCAUAGAUUAUGUAAGGAGAACAAUAGACGAAACCCCGUACUACAGGCGAGAGCCUCGGAGGAGGGUUAAUCCACAGAAUACUUUCUAGCUUCUUAGACUGUCAUUAACAAGUUAGAUAGGACACUCGGUCUCUCAGAAUGAUGUACGGAGCCCAUGUAAAUGCAAGUGCUGCUGACUCUGCUGAGAGCCAGAGGCAUUCUUGUCCAAAUUUUGGUGUAUUUCAUGUACGUUCGAGGAAGUUAAUGUAUUUAUACUCGUAUCUCUAAAAGUGGAAAAGUAAUGGAUUUUAAGAUUUAAAUCUUAAGAUCAUGCUGUGAUGUUCUCUUAGAAGGCACGCCCCUUCACCCGAAGAAGAAAUUGGAGUGGUUCAUCAACUAUUUUUCUAAA